AUGGCUAACCUAAGCAGAAAGGACAGCGACAGUCAGAUGGUUUACCUUCUAGAGGCUGACAAUGCUCUCUCAGUGGAGGACACAGUCAUAGAGGAAGCCUCCCAGCCUGCCAAGAUGAAAUGCCUUGAAGACUCACACUUAUCCCAAGGGCCUGGCAAGUUCUGUGACCCCUUGGCUCCUGAAGAAGAGGAGGGAAAUGAGGAGGAGGGGGGUCCAGAUCUGGCCCCAGACCCAGAGGAGGAAGAAAAUAACCUUCGGGAUCCAGCUGUACUCAGUGCCGUCCACAAUACCCAGCCUACAUUUCCCAGCACAAGUUCUGCAGCCCGGCCCUUUGGACCUCAACAGCCCUCACCAGAUCCACCUCUCUUCUGCAGUCCACUGACUUCAUGCCCGCCUAGGCUCAGUCUCCACAGUCAUCUGACCCAACUCCACCCUCAGCAUCAACGAAUCUUGCAGCAGCAGCAGCAGCAGCAGAGUCAAACACCAAGUCCCCCAGUCAAGAAGCCUUGGUCUCAGCAGCCAGACCCCUAUGCUAACCUCAUGAGCAGAAAAGAGAAGGACUGGGUGAUAAAAGUACAGAUGGUUCAACUGCAGAGUGACAACCCCCGCCUGGAUGAUUAUUACUACCAGGAAUAUUAUCAGAAACUAGAAAAGAAGCAGGCAGAUGAAGAGCUACUUGGACAAAGGAAAAAGGUCGAGUCUCUUAAGUUGAUGACGCCUUACAUUCAGAAAGCAGAGGCUUAUGAGUCAGUGGUUCGAAUUGAGGGUUCUCUGGGUCAGGUAGCUGUAUCAACAUGUUUUACCCCUCGUCGAGCUAUUGAUGCUGUAUCUCAUGGAACUCAAGAACAGGAUACAGGAGAUACAAGCAGUCAGAGGCUUCGGGUAUUAUCCCGGAUUGAGAAGAUGUUCCUUCAGUUACUAGAAAUAGAGGAAGGCCAUAAGGAUGGGCUUCCACCAUCCUGCUACUCUGGGCAACAGAGGAACCAGGUUGAGAAACUCUUCCAAGCCUUGAAGACCCAGGAGCAGAACAAUCUAGAGGAGGUAGCUGAUAGCUUCCUGCAGGUGCUCUCCGUGAGGAAGGGGAAAACCUUGGUAGCCCGGCUGCUCCCCUUCCUGCCCCAUAAUCAGGCCUUUAGCCUUCUUCUGACCAUCACCCACAAUCUGCCCCUCCUUGUCCGGAGGGAUGUGACUGACCAGGCCCUACAAAUGUUAUUCAAGCCUCUGGGCAAAUGUAUCAGUCACUUGACCUUCCCUGAGCUCCUCCAAGGACUUCAGGGGCUAACAUUGCUACCACCUGGCUCCUCGGAACGGCCCAUCACUGCAGUACUUCAGAACCAGUUUGGAAUAUCUUUGCUCUAUGCCCUGCUGAGUCAUGGGGAACAGUUGGUAUCUCUGGACCCUUCCCUAGAGGAACGCAACAGUGAUCAUACAGCUUGGACAGAUAUGGUGGUUCUGAUUGCCUGGGAGAUAGCCCAAAUGCCUACAGCCUCUCUGGCAGAACCCCUGGCCUUCCCCAGCAAUCUACUUCCUCUGUUCUGUCACCAUGUGGAUAAAACACUAGUUCACCAGCUAGAGGCCAGGAUGGAGUAA